AUGAAAACGGCCUCAGGAAAGGUAAGAACGCCAGAACUGUACAAACUGAGAUGCAUGUAACUGCAGCAUAACAUGUUUAAUGGAAGUGUGUGUGUGUGUGUUACCGUUGAUGUGGGUACAAAGAACAUUUAAUUCAAGAAGCAGGAAAUGGUCAUUCUAAUCUGCUGUGACCAGCAACACGAGGGCUCUGCUCAUUCUGUUCUUCCUCUAUAUAUACACACACGCAAACACACAUUCUGCCUCUCACACAAGUCCAUUAACCUCCAUAUGUUAAUUGAAUGCUCCCUAACACAACAACAUCUGCUUGGAGUUAACAACUUUGAGCUAUUUCAGUCACGAGACCACCAGUGUAUUUACUAAGAACCAAAUGGAGGAGAAACGGGGAUAGACUAACUUGGAAUUGUCCAAUAGUUUUCCAUUGCAAGCGUUACCCGUUGAUAAAUAUAUUGUGUGCACUGCCAAUUGUGCCUAAUUGCUUAAACAAACACACACACAGACACAGAGCUCGACAUUUUUCGUUUGAGCUUUGUUUCUAUUGGCAUUUUCAUAGAUAUAUCCAUAAUAAUGACGUUUAUGCAUGAAUUGCUCUGGCUCAGAAAAAGUGAAUUUCUCUUCUGGACACUGUUCACUAUGUAUGGUACAAGGGAGAUCGCAAUCCAAAGUGAAAAAAAAAGAGGUCCGACAGGCAGACAGCAAUGCUUAUAUGAACCAUUUGCUGUUACAAACCAAAUGGUAGCCUAGAAGCGAGGGGAAAUAAUGACAGAUUAUUCGGACAGUAACAUGAACAUGAUCUCUUAUAUAGGCGCAGUGAUAAUUCAUAUGGAACUGUAAGCAGGCAUAGGUGUGUCUGUGUUGGCGAAUACAGCACGGCUUGGAACGCUGCUUGUCUAAUCAGCAUCCAGGAUCCAUUUUACCCCCUUUUUUCUCCCAAUUUCAAUUACGAUCUUGUCUCAUCGCUGCAACUCCCCAACGGGCUCGGGAGAGGCGAAGGUCAAGUCAUGCGUUCUCUGAAACAUGACCCGCCAAACCGCACUCCUUAACACCCACCCACUUAACUCAGAAGCCAGCUGCACCAAUGUCUCGGAGGAACACUGUUUAACUGACGACCGAAGCUACAAGGAGUCGCUAGAGCACGAUGAGCCAAGUAAAGCCCCCCCUGGCCAAACCCUCCCCUAACCGUGACGACGCUGGGCCAAUUGUGCGCCGCCCUAUGGGACUCCCGGUCACGGCCGGUUGUGACACAGCCUGCGAUCGAACCCUGCGCCACUCGGGAGGCCAAACAACCCAUUUUCUAAUAAUAAUUAGUGUGAUGCUGUGUAUAGUGCGCUGGGGCUCUGUGUGUGUGUACUGUGCGUACCUUGUGUGUGUGUCUAGUUUAGUGUGUGUACAGUGGCGUGAAAAAGUAUUUGCCCCCUUUCUAAUUUUAUCUACUUUUGCAUAUUUUGUAUAGUGAAUGUUAUCAGAUCUUCAACCAAACCCUAAUAUUAGAUAAAGGGAACCUGAGUGAACAAAUAUCACAACAAUUACAGUACCAGUCAUUAGUUUGGACACACCUACUCAUUCCAGGGUUUUUCUUUAUUUUUAUAAUAAAUCACUAUUUUUACUAUUUUCAACAACGCUGGUACUGUUACAGUCGUUCAAUGUUGCCCAGUUUUCUUGCGUGUCAUCAAACACAUAUAUUUUCCCGAUGCUAGCCAUUCACUUCACUUCCGCGGGUCUUUGAUCUGCCGCCUCGUUCUCGUCAGCACUCCCCUCGUAGUCACAAGCUUGCUAGCUGCUGUGCUACAGGGUCAAAAUCUAACUCACUUCCUACGAGCUCCAUCUGCAUUCGUGAUGCACACUGUAGGUGAUCAUCCUCGUCACCAUUGUAGUGUCUUAGCUCUUAUUACUAAUUGAUAUAUUAAGAAAGACUCCAAAUACAAAUAAAAUAAAAUUUUAUUGGUCACAUACACAUAUUUAGCAGAUGUUAUUGCGGGUGUAGCGAAAUGUUUGUGUUCCUAGCUCCAACAGUGCAGUAGUAUCUAACAAUUCACAACAAUACACAAAUCUAAAAGUAAAAGAAUGGAAUAAAUAAAAAUAAAAAUAUUAGGACGAGCAUUGUCGGUGGCAUUGACUUAAAUACAGUAGAAUAUAAUACUAUAUAUACAUAUGCGAUGAGUAAAGCAGUAUGUAAACAUUAUUAAAGUGACUAGUGUUCCAUUAUUAAAGUGGCCAGUGAUUCCAUGUCUGUGUAUAUAGCGCAACAGCCUCUAAGGUGCAGGGUUGAGUAAUCGGGUGGUAGCCGGCUAGUGAUGGCGUAAGUGAACUGGAGCUUCACAUUUACUAAAGCUAGUUAGUACAAGAAUAACAUAGAGCAACACUGCGCAUGACCAAGGGCGCUCCGUUCUUAAAGGGGACAUCAGUAAUUAACAGAACAUAACACCAACUUUAUCAAUCAGAUGGAUAGCUAGCAAAAUAAGUGGUGUAUAUUGUAUUUUUAUUGGCAAAUGUAACUUGCAACAUGACCUUUAAAGUUACAUAGCGUAGCCCUUUACACUUCAAAUACAAUUUUAUUUGUCACAUACACGUGUUUAGCGGAUGUUAUUGCGGUUGUUGCGAAAUGCUUGUGCUUCUAGCUCCGACAGUGCAGUAAUUUCUACCAGUAAUAUCUAACAAUUUCACAACAUAUACCCAAUACACACAAAUCUAAGUAAGGAAUGGAAUUUAAGAAUACAGUGCUAUGAAAAAGUAUUUGCCCCCUUUCUAAUUUUCUCUACUUUUGCAUAUUUGUGAUACUGAAUGUUAUCAGAUCUUCAACCAAAACAUAAUAUUAGAUAUAGGGAACAUAAGUUAACAAAUAACACAACAAUUACAUAUUUAUUUCAUUUAUUUCAUAAACAAAGUUAUGCAACACCCAAUUUCCCUGUGUGAAUAAGUAAUUGCCCCCUUACACUCAAUAACUGGUUGUGCCACCUUUAGCUGCAAUGACUCCAACCAAAUGCUUCCUGUAGUUGUUGAUCAGUCUCUCAUGUCGCUGUGGAGGAAUUUUGGCCCACUUCCAUGUGAGCUGAAGCUGAAGCGCAGCUGGGUCAUGCAGCAAGACAACGAUCCAAAACACACAAUCAAGUCUACAUGAAAAUUGCUAAAAAAGCAACACAUUGGAAGUUUUGGAAUGGCCUAGUCAAAGUCCAGACCUAAUCCCAAUUGAGAUGUUGUGGCAGGACUUGAAACGAGCAGUUCAUGCUUGAAAACCCACACGUCACUGAGUUAAAGCAGUUCUGCAUGGAAGAGUGGGCCAAAAUGUAUCCACAGCGACGUGAGAGACUGAUCAACAACUACAGGAAGUAUUUGGUUGGAGUCAUUGCAGCUAAAGGUGGCACAACCAGUUAUUGAGUGUAAGGGGGCAAUUACUUUUUCACACAGGGGAAUUGGGUGUUGCAUAACUUUGUUUAUGAAAUAAAUAUGUAAUUGUUGUGUUAUUUGUUCACUUAUGUACCCUUUAUCUAAUAUUAGGUUUUGGUUGAAGAUCUGAUAACAUUCAGUAUCACAAAUAUGUAAAAGUAGAGAAAAUUAGAACGGGGGUAAAUACUUUUUCAUAGCACUGUAUAUACAUGCAUGGACAAGCAAUGACAGAGCGGCAUGGACUAAGAUACAGUAGAAUAUUAUAGAAUACAGUAUAUACAUAUCAGAUGAGUAAUGCAAUAUAUGUAAACAUUAUUAAAGUGACUAGUGUUCCAUUUCUUAAAGUGGCCAGUGAUUUUCAAUAAGCAUCAGCAGCCUCUAAUGUGCUAGUGAUGGCUAUUUAACAGUCUGAUGGCCUUGAGAAAGAAGCUGUUUUUCCUUCUCUCGGUCCCAGCUUUGAUGCACCUGCACUGACCUCGCCUUCUGGAUGAUAGCGGGGUGAACAGGCAGUGGCUCUAGUGGUUGAUGUCCUUCAUGAUCUUUUUGGCCUUCCUGUGACAUCGGGUGCUGUAGGUGUCCUGGAAGGCGGGUAGUUUGCCCCCGGUAAUGUGUUUGGCAGACCCUCUGGAGAGCCCUGUGGUUGCGGGCGGUGCAGUUGCCGUACCAGGCGGUGAUACAGCCCGACAAGCUGUUCUCAAUUGUGCAACUGUAAAAGUUUGAGGGUUUUGGGUGCCAAGACAAAUUUCUUCAGCCUCCUGAGGUUGAAGAGGCUCUGUUGCGCCUGUAGUAUCGCGUCAAUGCUGGUAAUUAUUGCUGUCAAACAAAGAGUCCGCUUAGGCUGUACUUUGAUUAUAAGUUUUAUUUAUAUCACAAGAUUUCAGCAUACGUUUACAGACCCUGCCGGGCUGGAGAACAGUGUCGAAAGAUAAUGUCUGUUCUAACCUCUUCUUCGCUUUUACCCAGUAUAUAUAAUCUUCCCAAGAUAUGGGUGGCUCCCUCUACUGUCCAAUCCCCUGUCUACAACACACACUUCCUGUCUGUUGUAUGUGGCGUCACACUAAAACCUUCCCUCUGACACUAAAUAAACAUACUUUCAGUUCCACUUAAAAAACAUUAACAAAGUCAUAAUCUUAAUACACUACAUGCCUUCUUCACCUCACUGUCUGCGUGGGUGGACCAUUUCAGUUUGUCAGUGAUGUGUACGCCAAGGCACUUGAUGCUUUUCACCUUCUCCACUGGGGUCCCGUCGAUGUGGAUAGAGGGGUGCACCCUCUGCUGUUUCCUGAAGUCCACGAUCAUCUCCUUUGAUUUGUACCCGUAUAUGGGUUAAAAAUGGCAGAUUUGGGCACUAAUAAGCGCAAAUGGCUGUACAGUAAAAUGCUAUACAUGACGUCAGAGCUCUGGCUCUGCACUUCACAUCACUGUAUGGGUUUUGACUGAAAGCCAUUCUGAACUUGAGUACCUUCUCAAAAAAUGAUUAUUGUCAAUCAACAAUGACAAACCACCGGGGUCUGACAACUUGGAUGGAAAAUUACUGAGGAUAAUAGCGGACGAUAUUGCCACUCCUAUUUGCCAUAUCUUCAAUUUAAGCCUACUAGAAAGUGUGCACCCUCAGGCCUGGAGAGAAGGAAAAGUUAUUCCCCUACCUAAGAAUAGUAAAGCCCCCUUAACUGGCUCAAAUAGCCAACCAAUCAGCCUGUUACCAACCUUUAGUAAACUUUUGGAAAAAAUGAUGUUUGACCAGAUACAAUGCUAUUUUACAGUAAACAAAUUGACAACAGACUUUAGGCACACUUAUAGGGAAGGACAUUCAACAAGCACGACACUGACACAAAUGACUGAUGAUUGGCUGAGAGAAAUUUAUGAUAAAAAGAUUGUGAGGGCUGUUUUGUUAGACUUCAGUGCGUCAUUUGACAUUAUCGAUCAUAGUCUGUUGCUGGAAAAACAAAUGUGUUAUGGCUUUACACCCCCUGCUAAGUUGUGGAUAAAAAGUUACCUGUCUAACAGAACACAGAGGGUGUUCUUUAAUGGAAGCCUCUACAACAAAAUCCAGGUAGAAUUAGGAAUUUCCCAGGGCAGCUGUCUAGGCCCCUUACCUUUUUCAAUCUUUACUAACGACAUGCUUUGAGUAAUGCCAGUGUGUCUAUUUAAGCGGAUGACUCAACACUAUACACGUCAGCUACCACAGCGACUGAAAUGACAGCAACACUUAACAAAGAGCUGCAGUUAGUUUCAAAAUGGGUGGCAAGGAAUAAGUUAGUCUUAAAUAUUUCAAAAACUAAAAGUAUUGUAUUUGGGACAAAUCAUUUACUAAACCCUAAACCUCAACUAAAUCUUGUAAUGAAUAAUGUGGAAAUUGAACAUGUUGAGGAGACUAAAUUGCUUGGAGUAACCCUGGAUUGUAAAUUGUCAUGGUCAAAACAUAUUGAUACAACAGUAGCUAGGAUAGUAUGUCUAUAAUAAAGUGCUGCUCUGCAUUCUUACCAGCACUAUCAACAAGGCAGGUCCUACAGUUCCUAGUUUUGUCGCACCUGGACUACUGUUCAGUCGUGUGGUCAGGUGCCACAAAGAGGGACUUAGGAGAAUUGCAAUUGGCUCAGAACAGAACAAUUGGCUGGCCCUUAGAUGUACACAGAGAGCUAACAUUAAUACUAUGCAUGUAAAUCUCUCCUGGCUCAAGUGGAGGAGAGAUUGACUUCAUCGCUACUUGUAUUUGUGAGAGGUAUUGACAUGUUGAAUGCACCGAGCUGUCUGUUUGAACUACUGGCACACAGCUCGGACACCCAUGCAUCCCCCUCAAGACAUGCCUCCAGAGGUCUCUUCACAGUCCCCAAGUCAAGAACAGACUAUGGGAGGCGCACAGUACUACAUAGAGCCAUGACUACAUGGAACUCUGUUCCACAUCAAGUAACUCAUGCCAGCAGUAAAAUUAGAUGAAAUAAAAUAAAAAAACAGAUUAAAAAUAUACCUUAUGGAACAGUGGGGACUGUGAAGCAACACAAACAUAGACACAUGCAUACAAACACACAAUAACAUACAAACUAUACACACAUGGUGAAGCUGUUUGAGAGAAUGCAAAGAGUGUGCAAAGCUGUCAUCAAGGCAAAGGGUGGCUAUUUGAAGAAUCUCAAAUAUAACAUAUAUUUUGUUUUGUUUAACACUUUUUUGGUUACUACAUGGUUCCAUAUGUGUUAUUUCAUAGUUUUGAUUUCUUCACUAUUAUUCUACAAUGUAAAACAUUGUAAAAAAUAAAGAAAAACCCUUGAAUGAGUAGGUGUGUCCAAACUUUUGACUGGUGCUGUAUGUCAUGACAGUGUUAUGACCAUAUUAUGACAGGUUAUGUUAGCUGUUAUGACAUAUUAUGACAUGGUUAUGACCAUGUCAUAAUGUGUUAUGACGCUGGGUAUCAAGUAAAGUGUUACCAAAAUUGAUGUGUGCUUGCUCUAAGUCCUCAACGGCACAUCUAGUAGAGCUCAAAAAAGUACCUUAUAGUUGAAGACUCUUCUUUGAGUCAUAAAAGUGCAUUAAAAUUGAUUUUCCAGAAAUAGUCUUGUUACUGAAUGUAUCCAGAGUAUUUUCUGGUUUCUUUAUCAACAAAUACACAAAAAGUACAGUAAAUGUAAAAUGCACAUAAAAUCAACAGUUUGGAUUCAGUCGUGUGUCAGGUGAACUGUUAUGUCUUCAACUUUGGUCUUAUAAUUUUCCCAUUAUCUCCAAAUAUUUCCCUUUCAAUUGCUACAAUGGUUGUGCAUAUGCUUUUCAUAUUUCUUCUGUAAGAAACAUUUCAAUUUAGCCCUAUCCAUAUAGGCCAAUUCCCACGAGUGUUAAGGUGAUUUGGCCCAAUUUAUUAAAGAGGGUCUGUAUUGGCUGAUUUCGCCUCAGUUUUCCUCCUCGUCAUUAAGAAAUGAAACUGAAAAGACGAAAUUUGAUUCUUGGAGGCGUGCUUUGAUGUGGGUGUUUCUUGUGUGUGUCUUCGCACGUGGGAUGUGUUCGUACAUUCAUGGUCAGUGAGGUGUUCUCUCAUUUGUGUCUGGAGGUAGUAGUAAGCUAGCCAACUUGAGCCAGUUAGCUUUUGUCCUUGACUGAUGUUGUGAUAUCAGAACACUCCUUUGCAGCCGAAGUGUCCGGUGUGUGACAAUGGUAAAGUUAGAGUUUUUCAACCGAAAAAGUUAGUUUAUCUCUCUCCCUCUCCACCCUGCCCCUCUCCCUCCUCAGAUCUACUACACAGGGAAGUACCAGAGCCUCGGCAUCAAGCAAGGUGGUCCGUCGGCAGGUAAAUGGGUGGAGCUGCCUGUCACCAAGUCCCCUAAGAUCGUCCAGUUCUCGGUGGGCCAUGACGGCUCGCAUGCCCUGCUGGUGGCCGAGGAUGGCAGCGUGUUCUUCACCGGCUCUGCCAGCAAGGGAGAGGACGGAGAGUCCAGUAAGUAUGGACGAGAACACACACCUACACAGACGAGAAUACGCAUGGAUGUGGUCCAAGAUGGCGCUGAAGGACAUUGCUAUUUAGUUACUUUUUUUGUGUUCAUCUUUACUCUUUUUGUACAGAAAGUUCAUACUAUUAUCACAUAUGACAGCCAAGCACUUCUGGACAUCAGAUCGACAGUUAGUAACCUUUCACUUUUACCAACACGUCUCCUGCACCACUAGGGGUGCUAAAACUCUAGACCACUUUUAUUCUACCCACAGAAAUGCAUACAAGGUCCUCCCUUCGGCAAAUAUGUCAUGACUUUAUUCUCCUGUUUCCUGUUCACAUAUAAAAGCUCAAACAGGAAGUACCAGUGAUGCGCUCAAUAAAGUGGUCCGAUGUAGCAGACGCGAGGCUACAAUACUAUUUUGCUAGUACAGACUGGGAUAUGUUCUGGAAUUCACCCAAUAGCAUUCAGGAGUUUACCAAUUCACUCACAGGCUUCAUUAAUAAGUGCAUAGACAACGUCGUCCCCACAGUGACUAUACGAACGUAUCCAAACCAAAAACCAUGGAUUACAGGCAAUAUCUGCGCUGGGCCAAAGGCUAGAGCUACCACUUACAAGGAACAGGACACGGACAUGGACACAUGCAAGAAAGCCCACUACGACCUCCGAGACAACAAACAUGCAAAAGGACAAUAUUGGAGGAGGGUGGAAUCCUAUUACACCGGCUCUGAUGCAGGGCUUGCAGACUAUCGGAUUACAAAGGAAAACCAAGUCGUGAGAUGCCCACUGAUGCAGAACUCCCAAACAAGCUAAAUGCCUUGUAUUCCUCAAAGCGGCCAUAAAACAAUGAGUCUUGCGUGAAAGCCCCUGUUCAAAUAACUGUCUGAUCUCGCUCUCCGUGGCCAAUGUGAGUAAAACUUUUAAACAGGUUAACACUCGCAAGGCCGCCGGGCCAGACGGAAUACCAGGGCACGUUCUCAAAGCAUGGGAAGACCAGCUGGUGAGUGCAAUCUCUCCUUGUUCCAGUCUGUAAUCCCAACAUGUUUCAAGCUGACCACCAUUGUCCCUGUUCCCAAGAACUCUAAGUUAACUUGCCUAAAUGACUGUCACCCUGAAAGGCUGGUCAUGACACACAUCAACACCAUCAUCCCAAACAGCCUGGAUGCACUCCAAUUUACAUACCGCCCCAACAGAUCCACAAAUUGCACUUCACACUGCCCUCUCCCAUCUGGACAACAGGGGAAAUAACAAUGUGAGAAUGCUAUUUACAGACUAAAGCUCAGUGUUCAACACCAUAGUUCCCUCCAAGUGCAUCACCAAGUUGGGGACCCCGGGACUGAACACCUCCCUCUGCAACUAGAUCCUGGGCUUCCUUACAGGCUAUCCCCAGGUGGCGAGAGUACGCAACAACACCUCCUCCACGUUGACCCUCAACACGGGGGCCCCUCAGGGGUGUGUGCUUAGUCCCCUCCUGUACUCCCUCUUCACCCACGACUGCAUGGCCACGCACGACUCCAACACCAUCAUCAAGUUUGCUGACAACACAACGUUGGUUGGCCUGAUCACCGAUGGCGAUGAGACAGCCUACAGGGAGGAGGUCGGAGACUUAGCAGUGUGGUGCCAGGACAACAACCUCUCCCUCAACGUCAGUAAGACCAAGGAGCUGAUCAUGGACUGCAGAAGAAAGAGGGGAGAGCAUGCCCCCAUCCAUAUCGCUGUAGUGGAGCGGGUCGAGCCCUUCAAGUUCCUUUGUGUCCACAACACUAAGAACUUAACAUGGUCCACACACCCCCGCACAGUUGUGAAGAGGGCACUACAGCACCUCUUCCCCCUCAGGAAGCUGAAAAGAUUUGCCAUGGGCCCUCGGAUCCUCACAAAGUUCUACAGCUGUACCAUCGAGAGCAUCUUGACUGGCUGCAUUAUCGCUUGGUAUGGCAAAUGCACCGCCCUCGACCACAAAGCACUAAAGAGCGUGGUGCGGAAAGCCCAGUACAUCAAUGGGGCAGAGUUCCCUGCCAUCCAGGACCUCUAUAUCAGGUGGUGUCCGAGGAAGGCCGGAAAAAUUGUCAAAGACUCUAGCCACCCAAGUCAUAGACUGUUCACUCUGCUACCGUCCGGCAAACAGUACCGGAGCAUAGGCUCUCGGACCAACAGGCUCCGAGACAGCUUCUAUCCCUAAGCCAUAAGUAUGCUAAAUAGCCAUAACAAAAUGGUUACCCAGACUAUCUGCAAUGACCCUAUCUUGCACUGACUCGAUGCACACUCACAACACUAUACACUGAGUCUGCAAAACAUGAAGAACACCUUCUUAAUAUUGAGUUGCACCCCCAGCUUUUGCCCUCAGAACAGCCUCAAUUCGUUGGGGCAUGGACUCUACAAGAUGUCGAAAGCGUUCCACAAGGAUGCUGGCCCAUGUUGACUCCAAUGCACAGUUGUUUCAGGUUGGCUGGAAUUCCUUUGGGUGGUGAACCGUUCUUGAUACACACGGGAAACUGUUGAGCGUGGUAAAACCCAGCAGCAUUGCAAAGGCACUUACAUCUUUUGUCUUGCCCAUUCACCCUCUGAAUGACACACAUACACAAUCCAUGUCUCAAGACUUUAAAAUCCUUCUUUAACCUGUCUCCUUCCCUUCAUCUACUCAGAUUGAAGUGGAUUUAACAAGUGAGGGAUCAUAGCCUUCACCUGGAUUCAUCUGGUCAUGGAAAGAGCAGGUGUUCUUAAUGUUUGUACACAGUGUAUAUAUGCACUAUAUACUCACUCUCUCACACAGAACCCACACACAUUGACAUACACUACAUACGCACGCACACACACACACACACACACACACACACACACACACACACACACACACACACACACACACACACACACACACAUACAGUGCAUUCAGAAAGUAUUCAGACCCCUUGACCUUUUCCACAUUUUGUUACAUUACAGCCUUAUUCUAAAAUUGAUUAAAUUGUUUUUUUUUUUCCCCUCAUCAAUCUACACACAGUACCCAUAAUGACAAAACAAAAACAGGUUUUUAGAAAUGUUUGCACAUUUAUUAAAACUAUAAAACUGAAAUAUCACAUUUACGUAAGUAUUCAGACCCUUUACUCAGUACUUUGUUGAAGCACAUUUGGCAGCGAUUACAGCCUUGAGUCUUCUUGGGUAUGAUGCUACAAGCUUGGCACACCUGUAUUAGGGGAGUUUCUCCCAUUCUUCUCUGCAGAUCCUCUCAAGCUCUGUCAGGUUGGAUGGGGAGCGUCGCUGCACAGCUACUUUCAGGUCUCUCAAGAGAUGUUCGAUCGGGUUCAAGUCCGGACUCUGGCUGUGCCACUCAAGGACAUUCAGAGACUUGUCCCGAAGCCACUCCUGCGUUGUCUUGGCUGUGUGCUUAGGGUCGUUGUCCUGUUGGAAGGUGAACCUUCACCCCAGUCUGAGGUCCUGAGCACUCUGGAGCAGGUUUUCAUCAAGGAUCUCUCUGUACUUUGCUCCGUUCAUCUUUCUCUCGAUCCUGACUAGUCUCCCAAUCCCUGCUGCUGAAAAACAUCCCCACAGCAUCAUUCUGCCACCACCAUGCUUCACUGUAGGGAUGGUGCCAGGUUUCCUCCAGAUGUGACACUUGGCAUUCAGGCCAAAGAGUUCAAUUUUGGUUUCAUCAGACCAGAGAAUCCUGUUUCUCAUGGUCUGAGUCCUUUAGGAGCCUUUUGGCAAACUCCAAGCUGGCUGUCAUAUACCUUUUACUGAGGAGUGGCUUCCGUUUGGCCACUACCAUAAAAACCUGAUUGGUGGAGUGCUGCAGAGAUGGUUGCCCUUCUGGAAGGUUCUCCCAUCUCCACAGAGGAACUCUGGAGCUCUGUCAGAGUGACCAUCGGGUUCUUGGUCACCUCCCUAACCAAGGCCCUUCUCCCCCGAUUGCUCAGUUUGGCCAGGCGGACAGAUCUAGGAAGAGUCUUGGUGAUUCCAAACUUCUUCCAUUUAAGAAUGAUGGAGGCACUAUGUUCUUGGGUACCUUCAAUGCAUCUGAUAUGUUUUGGUACCCUUCCCCAGAUCUGUGCCUCGACACAAUCCUGUCUCGGAGCUCUACGGACAAUUCCUGUGUGUGCCUUUCCAAAUCAUGUGCAAUCAGUUUAAUUUACCACAGGUGGACUCCAAUCAAGUUGUAGAAGCAUUUCAAGGAUGAUCAAUGGAAACAGGAUGCACCUGAGCUAAAUUUCGAGUCUCAUAGCAAAAUGUCUGAAUACUUAUGUAAAUAAGGGAUUUCUGUUUAUUUUUGUAUAAAUUUGGGAACAUUUCUAUAAACCUCUUUUCACUUUGUCUUUAUGGGGUAUUGUAUGUAGACUGAGAUGUAUAUAUAUUUUUUAAUCCAUUUUAGAAUAAGGCUAUAACUUAACAAAAUGUUGAAAAAGUAAAGGGGUCUGAAUACUUUCCGAAUGCACUGUAUACCGACACAACACAAAUACACAUACAGACGCACACACAUACUCACACAUACACACACACUUUUACACUCGUCAUAAGCUGAUGCUCUGUUCUUUUAUUUUACUCUUAUUAUUAUCUAUCCUGAUGCUUAGUCACUUUACCCUGCCUUCAUGUACAUAUCUACCACAAAUACCUCAGACCCCUGCACAUUGAUCUGGUACUGAGUGUUCGGGACGGGUGGACGUGUUAGCAGAGAUGUGAUACUACAUGGAAAGAGAAAUGUCUGAAACAUGGACUUCAAUUGGAAGUAAAACCCAUCGCAAUUCUUGGGGACUUCUCAACAACUACAGAUAUUUAUCCCGGAAAGCCAUGCUCCUCAGUGCUGUGGAGAACGCCAGAGCACGGAAGAAGCAUCAAAAGAAGAAUAACAUCUCCAAUAAGAGAAAAAGGACAGAGGAAAACAAUGAAACGCAGGACACUAUCCAAAGAGUAAAAAAUAUAAAAUUACCUGAGAAUGACACGUGUCUAGAAGUUGAUAGCACUCUAAAACCCACAGACUCAUGGACUCAUGUUGCUAAAUUUGGACUGCCAUUGCCCCCUACAGUAGAGAGUUUGCCAAUAGCUGCUUCUGGGGACAACAGCAUAGCCAACCAGCAGACUUCAAAAGGCACAAAGCUGGUUGGGGCCACUCUGAGUGAACGAUGGGAGGUGGACAGUGGAUUUGUGUCUGAGGCCAGCCCUCCAACUAGUGGACGUAGUUCUCCCUGCCACACAAUGAGCCCAACCACCGUGGUGGCCAUGGACUGCGAGAUGGUUGGUACAGGGCCAGGCGGGCGCACUAGUGAAUUGGCACGCUGCAGCCUGGUGGAUUACCAUGGCAACGUCCUGUACGAUAAGUACAUCCGUCCGUGCCAGGCUGUGACUGACUACAGGACCCGUUGGAGUGGCAUCCAGAGGCACCAUUUACAGAACGCUCUGCCCUUCCCCAAGGCUAGGACAGAGAUACUACGAAUACUGGAUGGGAAAGUGGUGAUCGGUCACGCUUUGUACAAUGACUUCCAGGCCUUGGACUUCACCCACCCAUGUCACAUGAUCAGGGACACAAGUGGUAUGCGUCUGCUCAGGCGACUGGCUGGCUUCCCCACAAAGCGCUGUGUCUCACUCAAGAUCCUGGCCAACAGCCUCCUAAACAGGAAAAUACAGGUUGGAAGGAGGGGCCACAGUUCAGUGGAGGACGCUCUCGCUUCCUUGGACCUGUAUAAACUCGUGGAGGGGGAGUGGGAACAGGAUAUGCAAGAGAGAAUGAGGGACCGAGACACAGGCACUCUCCCAGACCCCGCCACCUCAAACCACUACAUGCAGGACCAGUACUGGCCAGAGGACUUGACCAAUGACAGCCAUUGAGAGAAGCCUGUGUAGGAGGGUUGAUGGGGUAGAAGUAGGCCAGGGGUUUUAAGUAAAAUGGUCCCAAGUUGGCAAGGGUGAUACUAAAUUCAUCUGAUCAGCUAAUAUUGCACACAUACAUGCUGGGAGCCGCAGUUUCCACAGGGGAUAAGGUCACGGCAACACGUCAAGUCGCUCAAUGUCAAGAAUGGCAUCAGGAAAGGGAGUGAACUGUGAAAGGAAGGGGUAAAUGCAAUGACGAGGGAUUUAUUUUAAGGUAUUGCAGCCGUAUGUCUUUGUGUGUAUGUAGAGCAUGUCAAGUUUGACAUGGUUAACUUACUACUUGGAUAGUUGGAACAAUGGCUGGAAGUCUAUGGGUAUCUGCUAGCUUACUGGCACAUACCCAUAGACUUCCAGCCGUUGCGCUAACGCUAGUUAGCAUUGGUUUGCAAAACUACCUAUAACUUCCUUCAUACUGGACAGAGACAUACAAUUUUUAUCUACGAGUUCAUCGGACUCUGGGGAAGUAGAUAAAAUCCAGAAGUAUCCCUUUAACUCACGAUUUGUUAAAACUUGCUUGCAUGAAAUUACACCAGUAUCUCCAGAUAAGUCGGCAGGUAGCUUAGUGGUUAAGAGCGUUGUGCCAGUAACCGAAAGGUCGCUGGUUCUAAUCCCCAAGCCGACUAGGUGAAAAAUCUGUCGAUGUGCCCUUGAGCAAGGCACUUAACCCUGAUUGCUCCUGUAAGUCGCUCUGGAUAAGAGCGUCUGCUAAAUGACUAAAAUGUAAAUGUAAAAUGUACUGGUGCUCCAUAGGCCUGGGCUAUUGGUAGUGGUACUCAAUAGGCUGCAGCAGCUUCCACUUAAACCUCUAGAUGCUGUUUUCCAUUGUGCCCUUGGAUUCAUUACUGGUGAAAAUAAUAGAACACCAUUUUGUAUUGUAUCAAAAGGUAGGUUGGUUAUUUACAAAGCGCUCCUGCAGAAACUUCCAAUGUAUCUUGCUCGUCAAGGUCAAAACAUUAGAAUACAGUACAAGAGCACAAGAUUGGAUAGUGCUAGGGUGGCUUCUGAUUUGGGGAGAGCUGCUUUUGUUUUUUCUGUUCCACAGAUGUGGAAUGUGUUGCAGGGAGGGUCAGGCUUGAAUGCCUGUUGCCCUUUAGGGAAUUUAAAACAUUAAUGGGGAAUGCUCUAAGUGAAUAUUGUGUUUUAUUUUUUAUUUUUUAUGAUCAUGUUUUGUAAUUUUGUGUUUGUGUUGUGCAGGGCUCAUAUGAAAAAGAGUCUUGGUCUCAAUAUGACACCCUGUUCAAAUAAAGGUUAAUAAAACUCCCUGUAUACAGCUCCAUUUUAUUCUUCUUGUGUUACUAUUUUUAUGUUGUUGGGGAGGGCUCGUUAGCAAGCAUUUCACGGUAAUGUCUACACCCUUUGUAUUCGGCGCAUGUGACAAAUAAAAUGUGAUUAUAUUUGACACCUACACAGACGAACACACAUGGAUGAGAACAGAUACACAACGCUCUCACACACACACAAAAAACAACAACAUUAUGUAUCUUUUGGUAAGGAUGACAGACAGUCUUCAACGAGAAAAGCACUGUAUUCAGAAUAAACUCCAACCAACUUUGACCUAUCACAUUGCUAUCUCCCACUUCACCAGUGUUGUCUUUUGCAUAGAGAUUAUUCUCUAAUGUUUUAUCUCUACGGUUUACUCUCCAGCCAAAAGCCGGCGCCAGCCGAAGCCCUACAAGCCCAAGAAGAUGAUGAAGCUGGAGACCAAGACAGCGGUGAACACGGCCUGCAACAACGGCAGCAGUGGCAUUGUCACCAAGGACGGAGAGCUCUACAUGUUUGGCAAGGACGCCAUCUACAGUGACAGCACCUGUGAGUGGGACAGAUACAGGGGAACGGGUUUCUUUUGGGUUGCGUUGGUUAGUGCAAAUGUUCACAGCUGAUUAACUUGAGUGGGACAGAGAGAGGCUUCAUCUGGGUAGUGUUCAUUCGUGCAAAUGUUCACGAAUGUUCAGAAAUGAAAAAUAUUAGACUGAAAUAUUACAUUUUAUAAGCCAUGUUGGUUUGAUAAUGGUAUUUCAUAGCCUGGAAAUUCUGACUGAAUUCUGCUCUGUUAAGUGGAGCGUAGCAUGAUUCAGUCGGGAUAAGGCUAGGUCUUUUACAGUAGCAAUACAGUAGCAAUGUUUUCUGCUCUCUCUUGUGCCCCCUCCAGGCCAGGUUUCAGACCUGAAGGGUCACAUUGUAACACAGGUAGCCAUGGGGAAGGCCCACACCUGUGUCCUGACCAAGAGUGGAGAGGUCUGGACAUUUGGGGUCAACAACAAGGGCCAGUGUGGCCGAGAAACAGGGGCAGUGAACCAGGCGGGGAAAGGUAACAUGCAUGACGGACGCACAUACAGUAGGUGCAUGCACACACAUUCACAGACGCGCACGCACGAGCACACAAAUUACCACCCAACGCAAACAUACUUUAUUAUACCAUAUACACACACAAACACAGACCAAACAACUGUUUUUUUUGCAUGUAUAUUUUCUGUAUUUUGCAUGUAUCACCCACUCGUGACCAUGUGUGAAAAAUGCACUUGAAAUAUAAUAACAUAUCUUCUCUACCCCUUGUAGCAUUUGGCAUGGAGAGUAUGGCGACCGCCAUGGAAGAGGACCUGGAGGAUGAGCUGGAGGAGAAGGAGGAGAAGAGCAUGAUGUGCCAGUCGGGCAUGCACAAGUGGAAACUGGACCAGUGCAUGGUGUGCACCGUGUGUGGAGACUGCACCGGCUACGGAGCCAGCUGUGUCAGCAGCGGACGGCCCGACAGAGUACCCGGAGGGUAAUGCUGGGCAUAAACUACAUGACUUCUAAAAUCUUAACAACUUGGACAUGCUCACAUUUCCCGAUAUCAUUGUCACAUAUCUUUCAUUCCGUCCAUCCUCAACCCCAGGUUUCUCGGUUGUCGUAGGAAAGAAAAUGCAGACGCAAACAGCGAGCUACUUUAUUAGUGUGCACAUUAUUAUGUGAAGAAAUGUCAUAAAGAGACAGAGGCGCAGAAUAUGGACUUAAUAUGAAAUAAUAAUAUAAUAUGAUUUCAUAAAAUUAUAUUUUUGGUGUCUCAUGGUAGGACGCAGAGGUAAUAUUGAAAAGGCAGCUGCGUUUUCGCCACAGCUCCACCAAUCUGUCCUGCAUCACCUCGGUCCACAUGGUGUGUGCUGUUGUUGCUUUCCUCUUCGCCAUCAUUGUUUUUGUCUCACACGCUGAAAGCUCACUGGCUAUUGGCAGUAGCAGUCCUUUCCCAAUCGUGUGGUACAGUGAGGGAAAAAAGUAUUUGAUCCCCUGAUGAUUUUGUACGUUUGCCCACUGACAAAGACAUGAUCAGUCUAUAAUUUUAAUGGUAAGUUUACUUGAACAGUGAGAGACAGAAUAACAACAACAAAAUCCAGAAAAAUGCAUGUCAAAAAUGUUAUAAAUUGAUUUGCAUUUUAAUGAGGGAAAGAAGUAUUUGACCCCCUCUCAAUCAGAAAGAUUUCUGGCUCCCAUGUGUCUUUUAUACAGGUAACGAGCUGAGAUUAGGAGCACACUCUUAAAGGGAGUGCUCCUAAUCUCAGUUUGUUACCUGUAUAAAAGACACCUGUCCACAGAAGCAAUCAAUCAAUCAGAUUCCAAACUCUCCACCAUGGCCAAGACCAAAGAGCUCUCCAAGGAUGUCAGGGACAAGAUUGUAGACCUACACAAGGCUGGAAUGGGCUACAAUACCAUCGCCAAUCAGCUUGGUGAGAAGGUGAAAACAGUUGGUGCGAUUAUUCGCAAAUGGAAGAAACACAAAAGACCUGUCAAUCUCCCUCGGCCUGGGGCUCCAUGCAAGAUCUCACCUCGUGGAGUUGCAAUGAUCAUGAGAACGGUGAGGAAUCAGCCCAGAACUACACGGGAGGAUCUUGUCAAUGAUCUCAAGGCAGCUGGGACCAUAGUCACCAAGAAAACAAUUGGUAACACACUACGCCGUGAAGGACUGAAAUCCUGCAGCGCCCGCAAGGUCCCCCUGCUCAAGAAAGCACAUAUACAUGCCCGUCUGAAGUUUGCCAAUGAACAUCUGAAUGAUUCAGAGGAGAACUGGGUGAAAGUGUUGUGGUCAGAUGAGACCAAAAUAGAGCUCUUUGGCAUCAACUCAACUCGCCGUGUUUGGAGGAGGAGGAAUGCGCCUAUGACCCUAAGAACACCAUCCCCACCGUCAAACAUGGAGGUGGAAACAUUAUGCUUUGGGGGUGUUUUUCUGCUAAGAGGACAGGACAACUUCACCACAUAAAAGGGACAAUGGACGGGGCCAUGUACCGUCAAAUCUUGGGUGAGAACCUCCUUCCCUCAGCCAGGGCAUUGAAAAUGGGUCGUGGAUGGGUAUUCCAGCAUGACAAUGACCCAAAACACACGGCCAAGGCAACGAAGGAGUGGCUCAAGAAGAAGCACAUUAAGGUCCUGGAGUGGCCUAGCCAGUCUCCAGACCUUAAUCCCAUAGAAAAUAUGUGGAGGGAGCUGAAGGUUCGAGUUGCCAAACAUCAGCCUCGAAACCUUAAUGACUUGGAGAAGAUCUUCAAAGAGGAGUGGGACAAAAUCCCUCCUGAGAUGAUUGCCAACAAGGGUUUUGCCACCAAGUACUAAGUCAUGUUUUGCAGAGGGGUCAAAUACUUAUUUCCCUCAUUAAAAUGCAAAUCAAUUUAUAACAUUUUUGACAUGCGUUUUUCCGGAUUUUUGUUGUUGUUAUUCUGUCUCUCACUGUUCAAAAAUAACCUACCAUUAAAAUUAUAGACUGAUCAUUUCUUUGUCAGUGGGCAAAUGUACAAAAUCAGCAGGGGAUCAAAUACUUUUUUCCCUCACUGUAACUCUGCUCAUACUACAAGAUGCACAACCAAAAUUUAUGACAUUGCCAGGUCAUAGGACAAGGGUCUGGAGAACGGAACAGCCAUCAUCUGGGAAUCCUUGACCCUCUCAAACUAUGCGAGUCCCGACAUACUGAUCCUAGCAAAAGCUAAUAGGAUUUCACCCCGACCAUAAAAAUGAGUCUUGGAAAACUUGACGAAGAGGGAGACACACACACACACACACACACACACACACACACACACACACACACACACACACACACACACAUACACACACACACACAUACAUACAUGAGAACACACACACACACCAUUCACUAGUUGCAGUAUCUUUGUUAAGAGAACAUACAUUUAUGUUUGGGUCUAAGUUAGGGCUGACUCCAUUUAGUCGAUUGUUUGGUUGAUAGGCUGUUGGUCGACCAAGAUUGUUUUAGUGUAGCAGUGGAAAAUAUACGAGGCACAUAUCUGAUUCACGCCUGUCUGAGUGGACUAAUCCAUUGCGGAGGCCGCGGGGAUGGCACUCCAGUGUCACAAGUAGUACAUUUACAGAUAAUUUCCAUCAUUUGUAAUCUACAAUGUUUGUUUGAAUACGGUAAUUUAUGUUAAUGCAUUAAAAUGUAUUAUUAUUAGUCUUACCAUUUUCAUUGUAGGGGUGGACACGUUGUUUGCAGAGCGCUCAACCUAUGCUACACUUGUGAGAAAAAAGUUUUGGUUUAUUUCAUUCCAUUUACGAGUUGUCAAUAUAUUAAUUGUCUUUUGUUUGGAACACUCCUGUUAAUAUUGAGUAAGGACACGCACCUGAUUACGCACAUAGAAGUAGGACUAGUCUACCUGGCCUGCGUGCAAAUGUAGGCCUAUAAGUGUGCCCAUUUGGGAAUCUGAUACUAUUUCUGAUUGUAGUAAUUCGCCUUAAACAGCAAAUAAACAAUGUCUGUUUUUACAUCGAUUGAGAAUGACAAAAGUUCCUCAAUGUAGCCUAUUUGAAAGAUCUUUCCAGCUCUCUCCCUUUCGAUUACCACUCAGCAUGAAAGGGAAAAAAAAAUGUCAUGCGCUGAUCCGGUGAAACGUCAUAAAAUAGGCCUACAUGAUUACUUCUUAUCCUACAGCCUACAGCUGUGUUUGUCUGUCUGGAGCUCACUGGCACGGGAAACUAUGAGGGCCCAGAAUAUUUUAUUCAAUGUUGCAAGUUUGCUAGCAGGGGUUUCGGACCAAGUUAAUAUAAUAGUUGAUGCAAUGUUUCAAGUUCCUUGCAGUCAGGCCAUGCGUAGCCAAUGUGAUUUCUAGGAUAUUCAUUUUUUGCAGGAUAUUUUCUACCUGCGGGCUGCAAUGUUUUUAUUUGUUGGCUUUAUGUAUGUAGGCUAUUUUUACAUAUUGGCAAUGGCAAUAGAAGUUACUUUUAGAUUUGUAUCAUUUUUAUUUAGAUAUAAUUUUGAUUAACCACAUGGCAUUGAUUUUGAGAUAUGAAGACUUUAUUAUGAAUGAAAUUAAACUGUUCCACGAAAAUCAUAACUGACACGCAGAUCAUUAGAAAUGGUACGAUAACAUGGCACUCCAAAUGGAAAAGGUUGCCGACCGCUGGUGUAGCCUAUUUCCGGCAACUUCAGGAGCAUAAUGGCAGAAUCUGCGAAGGCCAGCAGCAGCAGGAGGGUCAUGAACAGGUUUUUGUUCUUCUGGUUAGGCUAUAUUGAUCUCUGGCUCCCUCCCUCUUCAGUAAUUUGUCUUAAUUUUUAAUUGCAGUGCUUAAAGUAUCAGACAAGCUCAGUAGCCUACAUAUAGUUGAUUUUAUUCAAUACAUGGGGAAAUACACAUUUAAACAUUUAGACCAAUCAAUUGGUCGAAAGAACAGACGACUCUACAUCGACCAAUAUUUUUUUUAGUCGGGGACAGCCCUAAUCUAUGUUAAUGGUUAAGUAUAUUUGCUAUUUGCUAGUGCUUAGUGAUCUGUCUUUACAAAUCAGUAUUGUUGAGUCAAAAUGCUGAUCAGAUGCACUAAUAUUUGUUUCUGUAUGUGUGUUUGUAUGCUUUUGUUUGUCUUGUGGAUGUCUGUGUUUGUUUGUGUUUAUUUUGAUGUUUGUCUCUCUGUAUGUAUGUGUGUGUCUCUCUUUCUGCAUCUCUCUCUCCCUCUCAGUAUCUGUGGCUGUGGUUCAGGGGAGUCUGGCUGCUCAGCGUGUGGCUGCUGUAAGGCCUGCGCCAGGGAGCUGGAUGGACAGGAGGCCAGACAGAGGGGCAUCUUUGACGCUGUCAAGGAGAUGAUACCACUAGACCUACUACUAGGUAAACACACAAUAACAACAGUUGCUCAAUAUACACUACAUGACCAAAAGUAUGUGGACACAUGUUCGUCGAACAUCUUAUUCCAAAAUCAUGGGCAUUAAUAUGGAAUUGGUCCCCCCUUUGCUGCUAUAACAGCCUCCACUCUUCUGGGAAGGCUUUCCACUUGAUAUUGGAACAUUGCUGCAGGGACUUGCUUC